CGUCAUCGGAUCACUCAGCUCGCAUCUGAACGAUCAACUACUGACAUACCCGAAACUUUAACUGAAGCCUCUUCGAAAGCCGCACAGGUCACUCAGUCUCCUCUGUACCAAACAACCACCGAAGAGCUUGCAACAACGGAUGGUAAGACUCGAUUGCAUGGCUUCGAAGGCGUUAAAUUCCUGAAAAAUUGUCAGAUUUCUUGGGAACAUUCGAAAACGUUGGCCAUUUUCAGCCGUUCAGAGCAUAUUCCAGACAGAUGA